AUGAUGAUGAUCGAGGAGGAGGAGGAGGAGGAGGAAGAGUUUGAUGAAGAGGAAGAAGGUGAUGAUGAUGGUAAUGUUGUUAUGGUGUUGUAUGAAGAUGAUGAAGAAGACAAUGGGGCUGAUGAACAGGAACAAGGACAGGACCAGUCAAAUACAGCCAUAAGAGAAAACCGAACAAUAGUUGACGUUUGA